CACACCAUUUACAUGCGUGUCAAACCCACGGUGCAACCAACCUCAGCCUAUGUCGGUCUCAUUCCGCCCUGAUCCUGGCUCUGAUUGGCUGAUCGCCUUACAUUACCCUAUUCCUGAUUGGUUGGCCGCCCUGUUUGUCUCGUUGGUCCCGCCCCCACGGUUUGUUUGGUGGGUUUUGCCCCUGUUCUCUUUCUCUCCGUUGCGGCGGUGGGUUGGGAGCCGCUGGCGUGAUCCUCCACAUUUUUUUUUAAUCUCCAUCUUUUGAUUCGACUCCCCCCGGCUAAAUUUCUAAAUUCGGCCCCCGCCCCGAGCCCACGAGCAGCCUCAGCUCCAGUUCUCCCAUCCGCACGCCUGUCUGCAAGGGCACAUCGACGCCGAAAGCCGUUCAGAUCAGAAAGAUGGCGGUGAGCGGGGUGUCAGGGUCUGCGGUCGCCCGGCUGGAGGGCCGAGAGUUCGAGUACCUGAUGAAGAAGCGCUCGGUGACCGUGGGCAGGAACUCGUCGCAGGGCUCCGUGGACGUGAGCAUGGGCCACUCGAGCUUCAUCUCCCGCCGGCACCUGGAGAUCUUCACUGCGGGCGAGGACGGAGCCGGCGGCGGCGACUUCUACCUGCGGUGCCUCGGCAAAAACGGGGUGUUUGUGGACGGCGUGUUUCAGAGGCGGGGGGCUCCUCCUCUCCAGCUCCCCCGAGUGUGCACGUUUCGCUUCCCCAGCACAAACAUCAAGAUCACAUUCACCGCACUUUCCAGCGGAAAGAAAGAUAGGAGGAACGCCCCAGAGUCCCCUGUGAAGGCGGUCCAACCCCAAAUCUCGCCGCUCACCAUUAACAUUCCAGACAACAUUGCCCACCUGAUGAGUCCCCUGCCCUCACCCACUGGAACAAUCAGUGCUGCUAACUCGUGUCCCUCCAGUCCUCGUGGGGCAGGGCUGUCCAGUUACAGAGUGGGGCGUGGGCUCACAGCUGAGCUCAUAGGGGACAACUCACAGUCCGAAAACGAUAAAGAAGCCUCCGGAGGAGAUAGUCCAAAGGAUGACUCUAAGCCACCGUAUUCUUAUGCACAACUGAUUGUUCAAGCAAUCACAAUGGCCCCUGAUAAGCAGCUUACGUUGAAUGGAAUAUAUACCCACAUCACUAAAAACUAUCCUUACUACAGAACAGCUGACAAGGGCUGGCAGAAUUCCAUUCGCCACAAUCUCUCCUUAAAUCGUUACUUCAUCAAAGUGCCCAGAUCUCAAGAGGAGCCAGGCAAAGGUUCCUUCUGGAGGAUAGACCCUUCGACAGAAAGCAAGCUUAUGGAUCAGGCUUUCCGCAAACGAAGGCCCCGUGGCGUACCCUGCUUUAGGACCCCCCUUGGCCCCCUGUCCUCCAGGAGUGCCCCUGCCUCUCCCAACCACACAGGGGUGCUGUCAGCUCAUUCUAGUGGUGUGCAGACUCCAGAUAGCUUAUCUCGAGAAGGCUCACCUGUUCCCAUGGAUCCAGAGCCAGCACCUGCCUCUGCUCCAGCAUCUGCAGUGCAGCCUAAAUUAGCAGUCAUCCAAGAGGCUCGCUUUGCACAGAACGCGCCAGGCUCACCAGUCACCAGCCAACCUGUGCUCAUCACAGUUCAGCGGCAGCUCCCACAGACCGUCAAACCUGUGACUUAUGCUGUGGCCACACCUGUGACCACCUCCACCUCCCAGCAGCCUGUCAUGCAGACGGUCCACGUGGUGCACCAGAUCCCUGUCUCAGUUGCCACGGUGACGGGCUUUGCCACAGCCAAUGCUCAUGCAGGAGAUGGCCAGACUGUGUGCAAGACAGAAUUGCAGGAGAACGGAGAGCACCAAGAGAUCAAAGUGAAAGUAGAAACUGUGCCUGCCAUCACAGCAGCCUCUAUAGGUGGAGCAAACCGUAUCCUUCAGACAUCUCAAGCCACACCCAUACAGACAGUUACUAUUGUGCAGCAAGCACCACUGGGCCAGCACCAGCUUCCUGUAAAGGCUAUCACUCAAAAUGGCACCCAUGUCGUGGCUGCAAUCCAAGGAGCAGCAAACACCGCAAGUCCUCUUCACAUGCUGGCCACUCAUGCCUCUGCAUCAGCAUCUUUGCCCACCAAGCGGCAGAACGGUGACCAGUCAGAGCAGCCGGAAUCUAAACGGAUCAAGACCGAAGACGGAGGGGACAUAGGUGCCGUUCCUGCUGCGGGAGAGAGAGACACCACUGAUUAGGGCUGCCACAUCAUGACCUUUGGCCUCACAAAUCUUUCUUAGUUAAGCCCUCCCUCAUACCCAGCCACCCAGUUAAACUACGUCAUCUGUCAUUCUGUCAUUCUGUCCAAGGUGCCAAACAGUCAAGCAAGAAGCAACAGCAGAGGAUUGCAAAGCAGCAUUUAAAGAUGGCAGAGAUGUGUGCGCAAUAUGCAAAGGAAAAAAAGGACAUGAGGACGUGGAGCUGUCGUCAGACGGAUGAUUAAAAAGUGAUCAGCGAGAGAGUGGCAGGAGGCCUUUUAACGAAUAUUUAAGUACUCACAGACAUAUGCAUACAUAUAUUGAUAUAGUGUACUUAAAGCUACAAAACGUAUUUUAGAUCAAACCUGGGUGAGUCCUAGUGGGACGUCCCAUGCCUCCAUCUCUUCUACCUCUGGGCAGAACUCUUAAGGUGGAGAGAUCAUAAGCGAGACGGAUUUUUGCAUUCUCUGGACAAGUAGCUGGCAGCCGAACAAGCUGAAGUAAUUCGAUUUAACUCGAUCUGUUUAAAUUCCUCGAGGCUCUGCAUAACCUCCAAAUAUUCCUGUGUAUGCAGGUAAUUACAUGUUCUGGGCUGAUCUACUAUGGUUUACCCUUAACCGUAGCAUAACUAUUCGAUUCAUUUACGUUGUGUAUAUAAAGUAGAUCUAAUUUAUAGGCACAGGUCCGUUGUAUCCACCCGGUUGUUGAAUAUACUGAGCAAAUGGAUAAAAAAGGAUGACAAGACAAGAAAUUGAAAGCAGUCAAAUAAGAACUUGCCAAACUAUUUUUUGCGAGGGAAGUUGUAAACUGUGAAACUGCACACAGUGUCAACUUAAGAGUUGAUUUUUUUUUCUUUUCUUUUUAUUAUUAUUUUUUUUUUUAACACAAGCUUGAUUCUCUUUGGCAAAAGGGUAGAAUGGGGAGCCUUUUCCUGUAUCAUGGCAGCUAGCCUCAGUGUCGACCUACCUAAUGCAGUCCUUAGUAGAUAUGCAGUAAUUUGUUGUACAUGUGUAUCUUAGGAUAUUAUUUGUCUAUAUUUAUGUUCUCCAUGGCACAGAUAUUCAACAACAACAACAAAAGAAAUACCACCAUGCUAAAGUGAGGUCAUUGGCAUUUCUUAUCACACCCGUUUUUAUUUUUUAUUAUUAUUUUUGUUUUCCUUUUUUAAACAUAAGAACUCGUAUGUUUAUGGAAAUGAAUGUAGUUACCUCCUCAAAGAAAACACUAUUGAUAGAGGACUUGUGUUAUUUCUGUUAAAUCCAAUCCAAAUGUUUCUCACAUCCUCAGAGCGUUUUCAUAUUUUAACAGAUAACUUAUGAAAUAAGAAAUAUAUUUCCAUUUGUAUUUCAUUCAAAUAUUUCAUCAAAGCUUGCAUGAAAAAAAUGUGUAGAGAAAAUAUACUGUACCUGAGCUGGUUCCUUGGAAAGGAACUGUGAAGGAGGAAAGGAAAAAAGACUGAAACUCUUCUUUGUGAUUUGGACCAUUACUGCACUUAACUUGUUAAUACUGUUUCCUUUCCUCUCUUGACCCUUCUUUUUUAUGUUUUCAUUAUGUCCUUGGCUGUGUUUGUUAACUUUGUGUUACAGUUGACAGUCUCUUUGCCCGUUAAUAUUAUUUUACUUUGUUCAGACAGUUGAAAAAGUUGGCUGAGAUCAUACUUGUUCCACAGGGAGAAAAAAAAAUAAGUGGUCGAUGUUUUCUGCUUCAGUGAGUAAAUGCAUUUUUUUACAUAAAUUAAAAGCUCCAUCAUUUCUGUUCUAA